GAGUGCGCCCUCCCCGCACAUGCGCCCUGACGGCCCAACAAUGGCGGCGCCCGAGGAGUCGCUGAGGAGGCGGAAGACCGGGUACUCGCACCCGGAGUCUGAGUCGCCGCCCGUGCCGGGGCGUGACCCCGCAGGCUCUCCGGCCCACCUCCACGCGGGCACCUUCUGGCUGACCCGGAUCGUGCUCCUGAAGGCCCUAGCCUUCGUGUACUUCGUGGCAUUCCUGGUGGCUUUCCAUCAGAACAAGCAGCUGAUCGGUGACAGGGGGCUGCUGCCCUGCCGAGUGUUCCUGAAGAAUUUCCAGCAGUACUUCCAGGACAAGACGAGCUGGGAAGUCUUCAGCUACAUGCCCACCAUCCUCUGGCUGACGGACUGGUCAGACACGAACUCCACCCUGGACUCGCUCGCUCUUCUCGGACUGGGCAUCUCGUCCUUCGUCCUGAUCACGGGCUGUGCCAACAUGCUUCUCAUGGCUGCCCUGUGGGGCCUCUACAUGUCCCUGGUCAAUGUGGGCCAUGUCUGGUACUCCUUCGGUAAGUGAGAUGCAUUUAGAGAAAGCUCUGCGAGAGUUGAGCGUUGUGUGUUUGGAUGGGAGUCCCAGCUUCUGGAAACAGGGUUCCUGGGGAUCUUCCUGUGCCCGCUGUGGACGCUGUCGAGGCUGCCCCAGCACACCCCCACAUCCCGGAUUGUCCUGUGGGGCUUCCGGUGGCUGAUCUUCAGGAUCAUGCUCGGAGCAGGCCUGAUCAAGAUCCGGGGGGACCGGUGCUGGCGGGACCUCACCUGCAUGGACUUCCACUAUGAGACCCAGCCGGUGCCCAACCCUGUGGCAUACUACCUACACCACUCACCCUGGUGGUUCCACCGCUUCGAGACACUCAGCAACCACUUCAUUGAGCUCCUGGUGCCCUUCUUCCUCUUCCUCGGCCGGCGGGCCUGCAUCAUCCACGGGGCGCUGCAGAUCCUGUUCCAGGCCAUCCUCAUCGUCAGCGGGAACCUCAGCUUCCUCAACUGGCUGACCAUGGUGCCCAGCCUGGCCUGCUUCGAUGACGCCACCCUGGGGUUCUUGUUCCCCUCCGGGCCAGGCAGCCUGAAGGACCGAGUCCUGCAGAUGCAGAGGGAAAUCCGAGGCGCCCGGCCCAAGCCCAGAUUCGGCUCUGUGGUGCGGCGUGCAGCCAACGUCUCGCUGGGCAUCCUGCUGGCCUGGCUCAGCGUGCCCGUGGUCCUCAACUUGCUGAGCUCCAGACAGGUCAUGAACACCCAUUUCAACUCUCUUCACAUUGUCAACACUUACGGGGCCUUCGGAAGCAUCACCAAGGAGCGGACGGAGGUGAUCCUGCAGGGCACGGCCAGCCCCAACGCCAGCGCCCCCGACGCCGUGUGGGAGGACUACGAGUUCAAGUGCAAGCCAGGCGACCCCAGCAGACGGCCCUGCCUCAUCUCCCCGUACCACUACCGCCUGGACUGGCUUAUGUGGUUCGCCGCCUUCCAGACCUACGAGCACAAUGACUGGAUCCUCCACCUGGCUGGCAAGCUCCUGGCCAGCGACGCUGAGGCCCUGUCCCUGCUGGCACACAACCCCUUCGCAAGCAGGCCCCCGCCCAGGUGGGUCCGCGGAGAGCACUACAGGUACAAGUUCAGCCGUCCUGGGGGCAGGCACGCCGCCGAGGGCAAGUGGUGGGUGCGGAAGAGGAUCGGAGCCUACUUUCCUCCUCUCAGCCUGGAGGAGCUGAGGCCCUACUUCAGGGACCGUGGGUGGCCUCUGCCCCAGCCCCUCUAGAUGUGCACCAGAAAUAAAGGCAAAGACCCAGCCCCUGGCGGCUCAGCAACGUUGGCCCUUCCCUGCGCCCAGCCCGAACUCGGCACCGCCAAGAGAGACGUGGAGAGAAGAGCAGUGGGAGCCAGCGCCCAGCACAGGGGUCCUGGGUGGGGUCUGCUGUCACACACUGUGGCGGCUCCCUGGCCCUGCCCGCCUGGCGCCCCACAUCCUGGCCAACCCUUGUCCCAGGCACCAGCCUUCUCGGGGCUCUGAUCUCCCGUCUGUCCCUCCCUCCCUCCUCCCAGAGGCCCAGCCUGGGGCUGUGCCGCCCACAGGAGUUGAGAUGAUGGCCAUCCUGACACCUUCCUCCACUAUAGCCCUGACCACAGGUCCAGCCAGGGAGCUCUCAGGGUCCCCAGCGCCCCAGCAGCUGGUUUCUGUUCCCCCCUCAAUGGUGUGUUCCCAGCCAGGUCCUGACCCUCAGAGCUGAGUCCCCGUCACGUCUGAGGCAGCCGAGCCCUUGCCCCCCAGGGACCUGGACGUGCCCAGCCUGGAUGUGGGGUUGGACGGGCCAUUUUCUGUGCUGUCCCUCAUCCCCACCCCUGCCACAGCCUACACGCAUCCCACACAUGCAGGCACACACAAGGGCACACACAGCCCGUGCACACGUGUGUUCUGGGCCCGGUUUCAUCCCCCAGUGACUGGUGUCUGUGAGGUGCAGACGGACACACCACACGCCCAGCGCCACCCUCCAGGCUGUGACCGCGCUGCCUCCGAGGCCUUGACACGGCCCCUCAACCACAGGACCGCCGGACGCGCACACUCAUCAUCGUCAGACAAACCGUCUACUGCACGUUUUCCUAUUAUUCCUAUUCUUAUGCCAUAUCUAUUACAUAUUUUUCUACUCUUCCUAUUAUAUCAUUUACCAGCUGACUCAAAAACAAA